UCGAAAUGUAAACAAAUAUCUCAUUGUAUCAUAAAUAUCAGAUCAUUUCGUUUAGAUAAAGCUUAUUCUCUACCACCAAUUCCGGAAUGAAGUCUUUGAACGAUUCUUUCUCCAAACGGUUGGUCUAUAUCUGGGUGACUUGAUUUCUUUGAUAAAGGCUUUCCAAAAGCAAAACAUGGGAGAAAAAGAUAACCAUAAUCAAGGAAAUGACAAUGUCUCUUUAGAGCAGACAGAUUCUGGUGCUAUUGAUCUAGAUGCUGAAGUGAACAUUGACGUUAAAUUCCCUGAUCGUACACCAACCCUUUCAUUCUCCUUGCCUCUUUCCAGCACAAUACAUGAUGUUCGACAAAUAGUCUUGGAGUCUUUGUUGGCUCCUACAAAUACCUGCUUUCAUUUUGCUCAUGGAAACGAAAGAAUGCAACCUUUUACUGAACUUCACGAGAUUUUACUUGUAAAACCACAUCAAAAGUUGAAACCACUUGUUCUAAAUGUUAUAUUGGACCCAUACACAGAAAGAUCAUCCAGGUUUCACGUCUUUACUCUCUUAGAUUUUUUGGACAGAAGCAAUAAUAAAAAUUAUAAAAGCGAUAAUUUUGGAAUUCGUACAGGAUUUUGUGCAUUCCCUGAAUUGGACGAUCCUACUGAUUCCUACCAAAUGGAAGCUCCUGAGUCAUCCAAUCUCAAAUUUUCAAUUCUUAAUAAAGAUUUUUGGCCCGAUCAUCCAAAUCCUUUCAAAUCUUCUUAUGAUAAGCUACUCUCUCCUAUACUAUCAACGAAGUCAUCCCCUCAACAUAACUGUUUUCGGUCUUUCUCUCUUUCUGCUUGGAAUCCGGUUCCACCCGAAUAUGCCAUGCAAGGGCACCUCUUGUACUUGAGUAUAACAACCCUAGAGGGACAACUUUAUCAUAUUACUUCUCACGUUACAGGUUAUUUUGUGAACAAUUCCACAAACACACGUUUUGAUCCCACUUCUCAAAAAGAUCUUUACAGUCAUUCUCUUGUUGCACUACUUUGCCAAUUAUCUCCCCUCUUUAAAGAAAACCUUGAAGUUCUAUUGGAUAAAUAUAGACAACAAGAUCAGAUUGCUUUUGCUAAGAUUACCGGUUCGGUUCCUCAAGCUCCUUGGAUUACAAUGCCCUCCCGAAAUAGACCCGAUUUGACGAAAACGCAGGAAACCCAACUUAAUCCUUACAUUGAGAAUCAAGGAAACUUGCGUGAUUGGAACGAAGAAAUCCAGUCCGCUCGAGAGAUGGCUCAUGAGAGUAUCCAAGACCGUGUCUUACGUGAGCGAUUACUAGUGAAGACGCUGCAAGAUUUUACUGAAGUUUCUGUUCAAGGAGCCGUUGAUAUUGUUAAUGGAAACAUUCCCCCUCUUAACCCUUUAGAACCCGAAGGUUCUCGUAUGUAUGUGCAUAACAAUAUAUUUUUUUCUUUUGGACGUGAUAGUGUUGGUGUAUUCCAAAAACAUGGUGGAGACGCUGCUGCUUAUUACGCUGUUGGAAAAGAUGCUACUACAAUUCGUUUGUUGAAUCAAUUGGAUGCAGUAAAUCUUUCUUCUCUUGGAACAUGCAUUGUGGACUAUGCUGGGCAUAGAAUAGUCGCUCAAACAAUUAUUCCAGGAAUAUUUAGGCAGUUGGAAUUAGGAAAUUCCCAGUUGAUUUAUGGAAGUGUUGAAGGUGAAGGAAACUUUCGAUUUGAUUCUUCCCUCGAACCUGACUUAAUAAAACUUUCAAACAUCAUGCAUAUAAAAAAACACGAGCUUAAAAACCUAGACGGCACUGUCAUUCCUUUGUAUACUAGCUUAGAUACCAAAGGAUUAUUGGGUUCUGAUGGAAGAAAAUACUUGAUGGAUCUCUAUAGCUUAUUUCCUCCUGACCUUGGGUUUUUGAAUCGCCUUGAACAAAAUAAGUCUAAGCAGUAUGCAAAUUACCCACAUCAACUUGUGCAAUUUCGACCUGAAUUGAUACAGUCUUUUUGGGAGUCCACUUUGAACGAAGAGCAAAAUGAAAAGGAAGCUUUUUCCGAAGAUAAGACUAUUGAUGAACCGUUACAAAAUAAAGUUUUAAAUCAAAAUGGCAACGAAGUACCAGAAGCUUCUCAAAUCCCUUUAAAAAUAAAGGAUAAUGCAGUACAAGAAGAUUGUCUAUUUAAUCCUAAUGUUCGUCAUCCUUGUUAUAAAUAUCCGGAAACCAAAGAAGACGAUUAUAAACAGGACAUCUCCCUACUUGGAAAAGUUUCUAGUUUUUUAACGACAAAAGUGAUUCCUGACUUUAUUGAUUCUAUAUGUAAUGAUUCAUCUUUCUUGCCAAUUGAUGGUAUUGCCCUUUCAAGAGCAUUACAUCGAAACGGAAUUAAUAUGAGAUAUCUUGGGGAUAUGUUGACUUUGAUCUUUGAUAGAUAUCCACAAAAUACUGCCGCGUUACAUCUUUUUACGUGUGAAAUUUUUGCAAGAUCUGCAAAGCAUCUAAUUCGAGAUUAUUUAUCGAGAACACCGCGUUGUUUAAGAAGCUAUGUCAUAGCCCAUGUUUUUAAUUGUUUGCUUGCCGCUAGUGAAGACGAUUUAUCAUCUCCUUUUCUUCCUGAAGAAUCUGUUUUGAAAUUUUAUCCGGAGACCUGCCAAAUGCUCUUAUCAUUGUCUCCGAAAGUGGCCUGGGAUAAUUUGUUGAAGGAGUCUUUGUCAAGAUUUGGGUACGAAAUACAUCCUUCCUUUGUUAAAGAAGCCAAUCAUUUAUCUUUGAUUCGUUUAGUUUGCCUGAAAUCUGGUAUUCAGCUCGCUUGCAAGGAUUAUUUUAAUAAUGAAGAAAUUGUUGAACCAGAUAAUCAAGCUCCUAGUCCCAAAAAUAAAAAAAACAAGAAAAAGAAGAAGGAAAAGGAAAAGAAGGCCAAGCAAGAUGAUUGUUCAGAUCGUACUAACUCAUUUCACAAAUUUUUACCUAAAGACAUUCUUAAUUUAGUACCAGUUGUGAAAAGCACUGUCCCUUAUAGCUCAUUGGCACAAGAGUCGUUGGACGCUUCCAAAGUUUGCUUACUUAAAGAGAACAAAGAAUUAUGUUAUGACCUUCUGAAUGAAUCGCUUUCUUUACAUGAACAAAUUUAUGGUGUAUUUCAUCCUGAGGUUGCUCGUGCUUAUUGUCAAUUAGCGAUGAUAUGCCAUCAAUUAAACAAAAAGGAAGAAUCCUGUUCAUUAGGAAGAAAAGCUCUAAUUGUCUGUGAACGAAUCCUUGGCUUUGACUCCUCAGAAACUAUUUUAGCUUAUCUAAACUUAGCCUUGUAUGAGUUUUCACAUAAUCGGAUAUCCUGUGCUUUAGUCUAUAGCCAGUAUGCAUUACGAUUAUGGCAUUUGGUAUUUGGAUCCGAUCAUCCCAAUAUGAUAACCUCGUAUACUAAUAUUGGUUUAAUGCUACGCUCGAUGAAAUUAAUACCUGAAAGUAAAACCUGCAUUGAAUGGGCCUUAGAUCUAUGCCGGAAAUUUCAAGACAAGUCACUUACCACUGCUGCUGUCAGCUUACAAUACGCUCAAGCCUUAGCCUUAACGAAGGAUCUUCGUCAAGCAUCUCAGGAAGCUCGUGGAGCUUACAAAAUAUAUGAAAAAAACUUGGGAUCCGAACAUCAGACCACUAAAGAAGCUGAACAAUGGUUAUCCCAACUCAUAGCUACAACAGUAAAGCAAGAAAAAGUGACUCUACAAUAGGAUGUAACUAUUGUAUAGAUACCAAUCAAUUUACUAUUCUUCCUAUA